AUGUUUCAUUAAAAAUAAUCAAUUAGACCUAUUCAAUAAAUUAAAUAGGAAAAAUGCUUGAAUUGCAAUAAAUUAAUUAGUUAAUCUCUGAUUCGGAAUCAUUAAGCAAUUUGUGCAAUUACCAUAUCAAAUAAGGAUUAAGAAUUAUUGGAUGAGCAAUUAGCUAUGCUUAUUCAAUAAAAUAAAAUAGAAUCAAAGAUAUUUUUGUUGCCAAACCCAUCUGAUUCUAUUUAAUAAACUAAAACUUAACAGGAAAUUCAGAUUGAAAAUAAAGAAGUUCCAUCUUAAAUAAAACAAGUCUUUUAGUCCAAUAAUCUAAAUGGUUAAUAUAAAGAAGCUAUCUUUAGACAAGUAAGAAUGCAUUAACAAAACCUAGGAAUAAAGAGAAUUUAAUGAUGAUUUAAAUUUCUAAAAAAAUGAAUUAAAAAAUAAACACAACCUUACUUCUUAAGAAUAGAUUGAAAAGAAUAUAUAAAAAAACGAUUUAAACUCUUAAUAAAUCUAACAAAAUAUGGUAUUUAAUACAGUGUAAUCUUAAGUUCAAGCUUUUAAAAAUUCAUAAAAAUGUACUAUUUAAAAUUCUAAAUAAUAAGAGGCUGCUUAAAGAGAUUUCGAUUAUGCUUAAAAUAAUUCUAUUCAAAAAAAUCUAGAAAAUUAAUCAGCAGACAACCCUUAAAUAAUUGUUUAGCAUCAUAAUAAUUAAAUUUCAAGAAAUAUAUAAGUUGAAAAAUAAUAGUAAGUACAAAAUUAUCCUCAAAAUAAUUAUUGUUAAAUGAAAAAUGAAGAACUAAUAAAACAAAGACAAAUAUCAGAUGAGAAAAAAUUAGAAAAUGGUUAAUUUGACAAAGCUAAUUAAUUAAAUUAAUUUAAUGGAUUCAAUUAUGAAUAAAUAAACUAAAUUUAUUCAUUAAAUAAUCAUCAUGAAAGGUAUUCUCUAAAAGAUAAAUAAUAAAAUUAAAAUAUUCAUUAAUAAUAAAAAUACUAAAUGUAUCCUUCUUAAGCUUAUUAGUACAGUAAACCUCGAGUAAUUUAAGCAAUUCCAUUUGA